AUGUCUUAUGAAAUUAAACAAGUUAAAGAAGUUAAACCACCAUUAGAUUCAAGAAUAGGUAAAGAUUCACCAUUCAUCUUUGGUCAACGAUAUUUAACUGACGAAGAUCAAGUUUGGAAUCAUAAUGCAUGGGAUCAUGUAGAAUGGGGAGAAGAACAAAUAAAUCAAGCAAAAGAAUUAAUUUCAAAACAAUAUGAUCAUCCAGUUAAAGAAUUUGAUAAAAAUUUAUAUAAUUCAAAACCUGAAAAAUAUUGGGAUAUAUUUUAUAGACACAAUAAGGAAAAUUUUUUUAAAGAUCGAAUGUGGUUACAAAUUGAAUUUCCAAAUUUAUAUAAAGUAACUUCAAAAGAUUAUAAUAAACCCGUAUCUAUUUUAGAAAUUGGUUGUGGGGCUGGUAAUACAUUUUUUCCAAUUUUACAACAGAAUGAAAAUUCAGAAUUGAAAAUUUAUGGUUGUGAUUAUUCUAAAGUUGCAGUUGAUUUAGUUAAAUCAAAUGAGACAUUUAAAAUAAAUUCAGAAAAGGGAAUUGCUUAUAGUUCAGUUUGGGAUUUAGCUAAUUCAGAAGGUAAAAUACCUGAAAAUAUGGAACCAAAUUCAGUUGAUCUAAUUGUUAUGAUUUUUGUAUUUUCUGCCUUGCAUCCAAAUCAAUGGGAACAAGCAGUAAAUAAUUUAUCCAAGAUUUUAAAACCUGGGGGUCAAAUUUUAUUUAGAGAUUAUGGAAGAUAUGAUCUUGCACAAGUACGAUUUAAAAAAAAUAGAUUAUUAGAUGAUAAUUUUUAUGUUAGAGGUGAUGGUACAAGAGUUUAUUUCUUUACUGAAGAAGAAUUGGAGAAAAUAUUUGGUAGAAAGUUUAAAUGUGAAAAAAUUGCGACUGAUAGAAGGUUAUUAGUUAACAGAAAAAGACAAUUGAAAAUGUAUAGAAAUUGGAUACAAGGUGUAUUUAAAGCAGAUGAUGAAAUUAUAUAA